AUGUGGCAUUUCGAAGCUCUGACAAUCUGCUCCAAAUGUUUUCCAUAUUUGUUCAGCCUCCUUGAUUCAAAUACCAGGAACAACUCGGCCGGCACAAAGCGGAGCUUUGGGGGGCAGAAAGCUCACACCCCCAUCGGCGGCGCACACACACACGCACGUGAGAGCGCCAAGCCCGCCGGCAUGGCAAAGGAGGAGAAGAAAGCCCGGCACGGCACGGCCCCGAAUUCCCAGAGCCAGACAGGGAAGGCACCCGGAGGGGAGAAAAGCACCGGCUCGACGCAGGAGUCCGCGAUGAAGAAGAAGAAGAAGCAGAAGAAAGACAAGGGGGAUCCCAAAACUGGCCAGGAGGAGGAAUCCCACACUUGUUGUGGCUGCCGUUUCCCGCUGCUGUUUGCGUUGCUGCAGCUGGCGUUAGGCACCUCUGUAACAGUGCUGGGCUUCCUUAUGGCAGGCAUCAGUUCCUCUCUGCUAGUCAGAGACACUCCAUAUUGGGCUGGGAUAAUUGUCUGUGUGGUGGCCUUAGUGGGAUUUGUUCUGCUUUGUAUCUCGUACCAACCUGAUGAGAAGACGUGUGCACAGUUCACAGUGAAGCUGCUGUAUUUUCUCCUGAGUGCCCUGGCUCUGGUUGCCUGUGUUUUGGCAGUGGCUUUUGCUGCACACCACUACUUGCAGCUGACCAAGUUCACCUGUGACACCAUCCAGGAUUCCUGCCAGUGCAAACUGGACACUGCCGACCCGCUGGGCCGCACCUUCGUGUACCGGGACACCGACUGUGGCAGCCUGAGCAGCAUGCUCAGCCUGUACCUCCUCCUGCAGAUGGCUCUCAACCUGGUGGCAGCCCUGGUGUGCCUGCUGAUGUGCUUCGUGGUGUGGAAGCACCGCUACCAGGUCUUCUACGUGGGCGUUCGCUUCCAGCCUCUCACGGCCGCCGAGGGCCACGGGCAGCCAGUGUAG